CGCGCCAAGCCCGCAGAGCGCAAGGGUUACCUGGUUUGGCAACACUGUGCAGCACGUUGUCGAAUAACACAAGUAUCUCGGAACUUUAGUGGUGGCGGUACUGGUGUACAGGACAGAACAGCAGUGGUGGAAGUAAUGGCGUACCGGGCAAAACAGUGACAAAGGAACUAGUGCACUAGACAAAACAAACAGAAUGCAGACCACGUCAUUCACCGCUAUUAAUCUAAUAUUAUUAACAUCUGUAAAUCGCACGCGCCAGUCGGAGAGGUUGUAGCGAGACCAGUUUAUCUCAAUUCCCCGUGGGUAGAUAAAGAAGCAAGAUAAGAUAACCGCAUUCUCGAUCAAAGGAGGAGGAGAGGGUGACAUGUUAGUGGGUGUCUCCUCUCGCUCUAGCAGCAACAUACUUCAUUCACAGUCUAGUCGCAUCGGUCAGGUGUACUCCAACACACCUGUACAACAUAUACACCUGUAUCCACCUCAUACUCAACCCAUGAGCCCCAGUAACAGAAGGCACGUCAUCUGUACGUGAUCAUCGCCUCCCUGGUUAACUCCAACAAUGGGUUUGAGACAAAAGAUGGUGGCGACGGCGGCGCUAUGUGCGGUAAGCAUUGUUAUCUUCAUCAUCUACUCCGAUAUGGCGCCGUCCCAAGCUUUCUCCAAACGUUUAUUUUACGGGCUUGAGACAUUUUCGACGAGGAGUGCAAAACUAACAGAGAACAGAACUGAGAUGCAAAGUAAAGAGGAGAAUAACGCCUUAGAGACUAGUAGCGUCAGACGGGACCCGUCCCACAAAGACCUUGAUAACGCCUCGAAGGUUAAUGUCAAAAUUGAUCUACCCCAAACUGAUGUAGAUAAUAUCAAGGCAGAUCCACUCCCUAUAGCCCUACCUUCAAGAUCGACCACGUUGGUAAAUAACAUCACAUCACAAUUCUUACUGCCGGGAGAUUCUAAUUUACCAUAUAUCGAGCCAAACUACGAGGAGAUAAAGCAAUUGCCUGAGGACCUGUUUAAUGAAGAUCCACAGAAAAUGGCGAAAAUUGAUCCUUUUAACCCUCCACUGAAGAAAAUUUUGUUUUGGAAUGAGGCUUACAGCAAUAAGCACUUCGGGUUCGGAUUUGGUCGGGAGCCGUUCCUGCGGGCCGGGUGUCGGGUCAACACCUGCAUGACGACGGGAGACCGUUCCAGGUUCCCUCUCAACGAAAUUGACGCCCUGCUGUGGCACUUCCGAUCUAACGACAGAUCUCUCCCUCGUGUGCGGUCUCCCCACACCCGCUAUGUGUUCUGGAUGAUGGAGUCAGCUUCUCACCUCUACGGUAGAAUUGACACGUACAAUAAUCUCUUCAACUGGACGAUGACCUACAGACUUGAUUCGGAUUUUCCAAACCCGUAUGGCAAAGUCUACCGCCGCCGGAAGCCCCUCGAACCCAUUGACAAGAACUACGCCGCCGGUAAGACCAAGAUGGCUGCCUGGUUCGUCUCCAACUGCAAUACCAUCGGUGGCCGAGAGAAGUUAGUCAAAAACUUGAGAAAAUGGAUUCAAAUCGACCAAUACGGACACUGCAGUCAUCUGACGUGUGAGAGGAAAGACCUAAGCAAAUGCCACGCCAUGCUCUCUGCUGACUACAAGUUCUACUUUUCCUUUGAGAACUCGCUCUGCCGGGAUUAUGCCACGGAGAAGUUUUUUAAUAUGCUUGGGUUGGAUGUGGUUCCUGUCGUCUACGGUUUUGGUAACUACUCAGUUCAGGCGCCGCCACACUCCUACAUUGACGCUCUCAGCUUCCCCACGGCCAAGGCGCUGGCCGACUACCUCAUCUACCUUCAUAAGAACGACACCGCCUACAAUGAGUACUUCAGAUGGAAGAGGUUUCAUUGGCUUGUUGAUCACUGGGCCAAAGUGGCCAAGCCUUACUGCGACCUGUGUGAGCGGCUCCACAACGACAAUACCACCAAAGUAUACAACCUGAAGAAGUGGUUUGUCGACGACUCACACUGUAAGAGCAGCCAGAACAAGAAAAUCAACGCCUUCAUUCACGGGUACAUCAUCACCAGUAACAUAAUCGUCCCAUUUUUAAUAAUUUUCGCCAUGCUGAUCCUGUUCCUGUGCUUGCUCGCCUCGUUGGCUGCAUUAGUGCAGACCGACUAUAUUAAAUAUAAAAUCCUGGACCAAAGUUUACGGGGAUAGUCAUUUGCUGAUGCCCAAAGAGAUUUUGAUUUACUCUGCAGUGUCUCCAUGAAUGUGAUACAAUUAUAGACGUCACAGAUAGAUUCGAUGUCACAUAUGAUUCAAAAGAAUACAAUUCGUAUUCUGCUCAAUAGCCUCAGUGUUAAGGUUUAAAAUAGCAAUUCAAUCUUGUUCACGGUAUGCGCUACAAAACUAAACACUGUACUUUAAUUUGACUAUAUGAGAGACGGAAAAACAUUUACAGAGGACACACCUUAUACUAUUUUAACGUGUCAGGCUGUUGUGUUUUUGUAAUUCUUGCAGCUUGCUUAGUCAUAUACCAAGAACACACACAGAUGAGAUGAAGUGCGUUACCACACCAGCCCGUUCUCCUAAUUUUUCACAACGUCAAGAAAACGACCAUUUUAAAGUGUCCCUCCAAAUUAACCUACCAGAGGACCCAAAACAGAAAAUGGGAUAGUACGUCACUUUCGCGAUUCGCAUCCAUUUUCUAGUACGACAAUUUUUGGCCUUAUGUAACACAUACGGGCGAAAAGGGAUAUUCUUAGUAAGAGGACAGGUUUCUCCCAAAGGCACUUACCUGAUCUCCUGUAAUAAUAUAAACUCCACCAUACCUAGCAUUCAUUCAAUCAUCCCGUGUGUUUGGGCAUUUCCUUGGUUCUGGGUCAGGAAUGUUAAGCAUUUGUUUACACCCUAUCUCAGGAAUUAUAAACUCAAUCGAAGAAGAUGAAUCAUAAUAACGUGGCUGAAGAUUUUUUUAUAUUUUAAUAAUACAUUAGGUACUCCAAAGGAUACCUGAUCAACCAGGCUGUGACUCAUACGUCAGGCUGCGAGCAGCCGCGUCCAACAGCCUGGUU